AUGCCUCCUUGUGUUUUCUUAGCUAUUGAUGUACCUCAUGCAUUUUAUUGCUUAAUAAGAUUUUCAUUAAAUAUACUUUGGCUUGCAUUCUUUGGUCCAUAUCUACUUUAUAUUUUUAUUUACGCAUGUCCAAGUUUGAAUGAAGAUGAAAGAGAAUUCGAGAAAAAGUUGAUUUACUUGGAAAACGUAAAAGUUAAUGAUGUUGAAGGUGAAAAGAAGGCUCUUAAAAAGAUGAAUAAAGCUGAUAAGAAGAAAGAUAAGAAAGACAAGAAGAAACAAAAAGAUAAUAAUCAACAAGUUCCCCAGCAGCAACAGCAACAACAAGCUCAGUAUUAUUAUCCUCAAUAUCAGUAUCAAUAUCAACAACAACAACAACCUGUUAAUGCCAAUGGUCAGAAUCAACAAUAUCAAUACAAUUAUCAAUAUCCAUACCAAUAUCAACAACCUCCAGUUCAAGGUCAAUAUCCAUAUCAAGUUCCUCCUCAAUCUCAAAAUCCUCAAUCACAAACACAACCUCCAAAUCCACAACAAAAUGGUCAAUUCCAAGGAAACUAUCAAUAUCCACAAUAUUAUCAAUACUCAUCACCUCCACAAGUUCCUCCUCAAUCACAAUCACCACAACAACCACAACAACCACAAAUUCCUCCUCAAGUACCUCCACAAUCACAAUCACAACCUCAUUCACCUUCUGAUCAAAAUCAUUCUAAUGAUGACAAACCUGCGGAAGUUUAA